GAGAACCAGAAGUGCAUAGAGUACGUCUCAAUAAAGGGUUCUACAACCAACAAACACGCGUUGGCUGCGCGCGAAUCCCCGACGGUGAAGUCGGGUCUGAAUAAAUCUACCGCAUUCGGCGUCCAAUACAUUUCUGGUCAAUUUGAAGCCAUAGAAGAGAGUACUUUCCGGCGUGGUGACUUUAUAUGCUUUUCAUCGCGACAAGACAGUAAAAAAUUUGCCAGCUCGAAUGAAACAGCAGCUAUUUCUGACUGA